GUUUCUUUCACUUUUAGCUGAUUUCAAAAGAAUUUUUAACCUCAGCUUGUAAUGGUUAGACUUUCAAAGCUGUGAUCAUUAUUUCGUUGACAAACCUUCGCCACCACAAAUAUUGUGUGCUUUCUUAUGUGUCCAAAGGGAAUAUUGUUUCAUAAAACCAUGCUGACAAAAAUCAUCCUAUGUUUAUGGACAGUGUUUUUCAUUUCUGUUUAUUCCCGUAAACUUUGUCCAGAAUUUGCAGAGAAUCCAAUACGGCGGAAAGACCCAGAUGAUUGUACAAAGUAUCACCUGUGUGUGGACAAGAGAGAAUUUAUUAUUACAUGCCCGGAACAUUAUGUGGUCAGUGAAAGAUCAUUGAAGUGUGUCCAAGAAGGGUCGGUCUUCGACACUUGUCCCAGAGAAGAAAAAUGGAGGCGAGAAUUAUGUAUUCGAUUCCCAAAUAGCACGAUGGAGCAUCCAUAUAACUGUGCAAAAUACUAUGUAUGUGAUGCCAACAUGCCCAGUGGAACAAUGGCGCGAAUUCAAGAAUGCGACUUCCCUUCCUUGUUUAGUCCUGAAUCAGGACGAUGUGAACAUUACAGUGUUGUAAAAUGUGGACGAAGAUUUGAACCAAAGAGUCAUUGUGAAUAUGACAAAUACUUAUGUAAGCAUGCACAUUGCCCUCCAUGUUUUCUUCGGCAUCCGAGUUGUUAUGGACUUAAGGAAGGGCUAAAUCCCUGGCCAGGAAAAGAGGGAACCCCUUAUUUUCUUGUCUGCAGAGACGGACGAGUUCGUUUCAGUGGAGCUUGUCCGGAUACGUCAAAGUCUCAUCAAAUAUUUGAUUCCUUUAGAAAUAUCUGUGUAGAAAAACAUUUCCCGGACUAUAAUGAUUAAAUAAAACGUUUUUUUUCUAUAUAUUAUGGCCUCUGUCCCUAAAAUAUCUAAUAAUUUAAAUAUCAAGCCUUUGUUUUUGUAGAUUGUUCUGCGUUAUUUAUGUUUGAUGUUUUUAAGAAAUCCUUGAAAAUGCAGUAAAAUUUGUAAUAUUC